AUGCAGGUCAUUGCCACAUUACCCCGGACAUUCCUCGUGACGUCAUAUCAUGCAGGUCAUUGCCACAUUACCCCUGACAUUCCUCGUGACGUCUUAUCAUGCAGAGUCCACGGCAACAUUAACCCGGACAUUCCUCCUGACGCCAUCGCAUGCAGGUCAUUGCCACAUUACCCCCGGACAUUCCUCGUGACGUCAUAUCAUGCAGGUCAUUGCCACAUUACCCCUGACAUUCCUCAUGACGUCUUAUCAUGCACAACCAUGGCAACCUACCCCGAACAUUCCUCGCGACGUCAUAUCAUGCAGAAGUUUGGCAUGUUACCCCCGGACUUUCCUUAUCAUGCAGGGUCCUGUCGGACUUUGCCUUACCGGUCGUUAUCGGCCGUUAUCGCUCUCGGAGUUUUCGCACUUCGGCGAUAUCGGAAUCCACCUCGGAUAUCGCUCCCCACGGAAUACUGUCCCUGUUACCCCCCGAUUCGGGUCUUACGCUAA